CCAGAUGUGAAAACGCCCAUCACACGACGGUGGCUGGCCGGGAUUGGUCCCGGCGCCGCUGGCUGCGCUGCGCCCCAGGGCUUGUGUGUAUCGAUCGGAGGCCGCGGGACCAUGGAGGAGCUUGAUAAGGAGCAAGUGACUAUGCUCAGGAAGGCGUUCGAUGGUUUCGACCACGAGAAGAAGGGCGCCAUCAGCACCGAUCUUGUGGGCACCAUCCUCAGGAUGAUGGGACAGGCCUACAACGCACAUACGCUGCGGGAACUCAUCGACGAGGUGGACGCCGACAAAUCCGGAAUGCUAGAGUUCGAAGAGUUCGUCACCCUUGCUGCCAAGUUCAUCAUCGAGGACGACGCUGAAGCCAUGUCCAAGGAACUCAAGGAAGCAUUUCGUCUUUACGACAAAGCCGGGAACGGAUACAUCCCUACCUCGUCUCUGUGUGAGAUUCUGAAGGAGCUGGACGACACACUGAGCCCGUCCGACCUGGAGAACAUCAUCGGCGAGAUCGACACGGACGGCUCGGGCACGGUCGACUUCGACGAGUUUAUGGAGAUGAUGACGGGCUGAGGUGUUGCUGCUAUUGCUGCUGCUUCUGCUGCUGCGGACCUGCUGAACAAACGAAGAUCAUGUCUGGUGACGUUGGCGGAGCAGGUACUCAUUACUGCAAAUCAGAUCCUGCAAAAAGUGAAGCCGUCCUUUCGCGAAUUGUCCUUCAGAACUUCUACAGAUGCUCAUGCUGUCGGGCCUGUACACUGUUCAACAAGGUCACGAUGCACCUUGCUGUCUCAUUUGAAUAAACAAGCAGAUAUUA